AGCCAUGGUUUUCUUAGCAAGCUGGUAGCACUGCUGUCUUGUCUGAAUCAGGAAAUUUUAGCCGACAAAACAAAGCGAGAAUGUCGAUCAUCGGAAGUAAACUUACUUUAGCCGGUUCUCGGACAACUGGCACGCCAGUCCGCACGCAAAAUGUCAUGGCGGCCUGUUCCAUCGCCAACAUCGUCAAGAGUUCGCUAGGACCUGUUGGGCUGGACAAGAUGCUUGUCGACGACGUCGGGGACGUGACGGUAACCAAUGACGGCGCCACAAUCUUGAAGCUGCUGGAGGUGGAGCACCCUGCGGCCAAGGUUCUGGUUGAGCUGGCUCAACUGCAGGACGCUGAAGUGGGUGACGGAACCACAUCUGUGGUUAUUGUGGCAGCUGAACUCUUGAAAAACGCUGACGAACUUGUACAGCAGAAAAUCCAUCCUACCUCUGUCAUUUCCGGAUACAGACUGGCUUGCAAGGAGGCGUGUCGUUACAUCAACGAACAUCUCACAAUUGGUGUUGAUGAAAUUGGAAAGGACUGCCUGAUCAAUGUGGCCAAAACCUCCAUGUCCAGCAAGUUGAUUGGAGCCGAUUCCGAAUUAUUCUCACAAAUGGUUGUGGACGCAGCAAUGGCUGUCCGCAUCAAUGACGGCAAGGGAGGCUACCUGUGUCCCAUCAAGGCAGUCAACAUUCUCAAGGCGCACGGACAGAGUGCCAGGGAAAGUGUCCUGAUCAAGGGAUACGCUCUCAACUGCACGGUGGCCUCGCAGGCAAUGACCAAGAGAAUAGCCAAUGCCAAAAUCGCCUGCCUCGACUUCUCUCUGCAGAAGGCGAAGAUGAAGCUUGGUGUCCAGGUGCUGGUUUCUGACCCUGAGAAACUUGAGGCCAUUCGCCAGAGAGAGUCUGACAUCACCAAGGAGAGAAUCCAGAAGAUUUUGGCCACUGGCGCCAACGUAAUCCUCUGCACUGGAGGCAUUGAUGACCUUUGCCUGAAGUAUUUCGUUGAGGCCAACGCACUGGCUGUGCGUCGCUGCAAAAAGGUGGAUCUCAAGAGGAUUGCGAAGGCCACUGGUGCCACUUUCGUCACAUCCCUCUCAAACUUGGAGGGUGAAGAGAGCUUCGAGGCUGCCUUCUUGGGAGAGGCUGCCGAAGUGGUGCAAGAGAGGAUCAGUGACGACGAGUGCAUUCUCAUUAAGGGACCAAAGGCCCGCACUGCUGCUUCUGUGAUUCUUCGUGGCCCCAACGAUUUUUACUUGGACGAGAUGGAGAGAUCGGUGCACGAUGCUCUUUGCGUCGUCAAGAGAGUCAUCGAAAGCAAACGGCUGGUGGCUGGAGGUGGUUGCGUUGAGGCAGCUCUGUCCAUCUACUUAGAAAAUUUUGCUACUUCACUGAGCUCGAGAGAGCAGCUGGCUAUUGCUGAAUUUGCACGAUCUUUGUUGGUUAUUCCAAAAACUCUGUCCGUCAACGCCGCUCAGGAUGCCACCGAUUUGGUCGCUAAGCUUAGAGCUUACCACAACUCGAGCCAAACCAAGGCAGAGCACGCCAGUUUCAAAUGGAUGGGACUGGAUUUGUAUGAAGGUGUUGUGAGAGACAACUUGCAGGCUGGCGUUCUCGAGCCGGCAAUUUCUAAGGUCAAGUCUUUGAAGUUUGCCACAGAAGCUGCGAUCACCAUUCUCAGAAUCGACGACAUGAUCCGUCUCGACCCUGAGCGAGGUGAGGGCAAGAGCUAUCAAGAUGCUUGCAACGCAGGGGAACUUGAUGGCUAAAGUAAUAAGAAGAUAAAUGCCAUCCGCAUUUAAUUUGCUUAAAACGACUACUUUCCAAUUUUUUGUUGCACCAAUCUAAUUAAAUUCCACUAGCACCAGAUAUGGCGAAAAACGGUUUUUCUUCGAAAUCAAAGUUAAUAUGAUUCAAAUAAGCAAACAGACCUUUGCAUGUUGCCUUAAAAGAAUUUGAGGAAAAGAAUCUUCGCUGGUCAUUGCAAUGUAAUCAAGAAGAGCUGAAAUUUUCUCCCAUUAUUUUAAUCUAUUGGUAAUUCAUUAACAGACGUCUAAUAAAUUAUUUGCCCUGAUGCAGGCCAACUUGAAUUAAAUUUUU